AGAGAGAGAGAGAGAGAGAGAGUCGAGGGGAGGGAGGGAGUGAGGCAGAGCGCGUGUGUGCGUGUCUCUCUGUGUGUGCGCGUGGAUUGCACCACCGCAUCCCGUUCACCGUUUCUGCAGGCGGCCAUGCUCAGAUGGAGAGAAUUAAAGAACAAAAAACUGACAAGCUUCUCUUUUCCCUCAGAUUUAGCCACCGCUGUGUGUCAUUCCAGAUGUGACUGACAAGUCGUUUUAUGUCGCCCGCAUUGAGUCCUGUGCUGUUCAUCUCGGAGAGACUGUGACACCAUGGCUUUGGUUAUGGAGCCUAUAAGUAAAUGGACACCAAAGCAAGUGCUGGACUGGAUGAAAGGUCUGGACGACUGUCUCCAGCAGUAUGUGAAGAGCUUUGAGCGGGAGCAGAUGGGGGGAGAGCAGCUGCUACACAUCACCCAUCAGGAGCUGGAGGAGCUGGGUGUCACCAGGAUAGGACAUCAGGAGCUCAUCCUGGAAGCUGUCGAUCUGCUGUGUGCCCUGAAUUAUGGCCUCGAAACAGAGAACCUGCGGACGUUAUCCCACAAGCUGAACGCUUCAGCGAAAAACCUCCAGAACUUCAUCCUGGGCCGGCGGAGGGGCGGACACUAUGACGGACGAGCUUCCCGGAGGCUACCUAAUGACUUCCUCACCUCUGUGGUGGAUUUGAUCGGUGCAGCCAAAAAUCUGCUGGCCUGGCUCGACAGGUCUCCGUUUGCCAGUGUGACUGAAUAUUCAUUACUGAAGAACAACAUUGUGCAGCUCUGCUUAGAAUUAACGACCAUUGUACAACAGGAUUGCACUGUGUAUGAAACCGAGAACAAAAUUCUCCAUGUGUGUAAGACCUUAGCAGGGAUAUGCGACCACAUCAUCUCUUUGUCAUCAGACUCUUUGGUGUCUCAGUCUGCCCAUCUGGAGGUGGUCCACCUCACCAGCAUCAUGCCUAGUGAAGGCCUGGGGAUGUAUAUCAAAUCGACGUAUGAUGGACUCCAUGUUAUCACCGGCACCACAGAGAAUUCUCCAGCAGACCAGUGUAAGAAGAUCCAUGCAGGUGAUGAGGUGAUCCAAGUCAACCAUCAGACAGUGGUGGGCUGGCAGCUGAAGAACCUGGUCAAUGCUCUGAGAGAGGACCCGUGCGGAGUCAUCCUCACGCUGAAGAAAAGGCCCCAGAACACCCUGAGCUCCACGCCCGCUCUGCUCAGGAACGUCCGCUGGAAACCACUUGGCCUGCAGCCCAUCCCCACCAGCCCCACCAGCACCUCCCCUACACCUGGUGGUACUCUGGGAAUGUCCAAAAUGGACGCCCCCAGCAUGCAGGACGUCUACAUCCUCUCUCCUGUCUCCGGACUCUACGGCACCAGGGAGGAGCUGGGUCUGAUGUCAUGUGACGACAUCAGCCGCUACAGUGUGAGCUCCCAAUCCGGUUCCAAAGGUUCAGAGGCGGUCAGUUACUACCUGGACCAGGACAGCGGUCAGUAUUUCUCUCUGCUGGAGGGAGAUGGACCUCCAGGGCCUGAUUAUGACAGGGGCCGCAAUACAGGGGUUCGCCGACGAGACAAGACCCCUACUCAUGGUGACCUCAGACCUGUUUCCAUGCCUCCCGAAUAUAACUGGAUGGCCGAGCCCAAGGAACCCAGCAUGGGCAAGAGAGGGAGCCGAGACUCAGAUAACUCCCUGCUGCGUUACCUCAGCGACGACAAGAUCCUGGUGAUCGAGGAGGAACCCGAGGGUCCGGGGAGAGAAAGCCGGCGGGAUUCCACCAGACGCUCUCGGCGCAAGAGCCGCAAUCCCAGCAGCCCUAGCUUUCCCAUCAGUCCUUCCAUGCUGUCCUCCACCCUGCGCCUAGACCAGCCACCUGAUGCUUUGCCUCGUGGUGCAGACACACUGCGAGCAGACACAACAGACAGGUAUUCAGGCUCAGGAAGCUCAGGAGCCGCCUCCAUGAGAAAGUCUUUCCAUUACACCUCUUUAAGAACGAAAACCAAAAAGAGAAGUAAAGGUUCACUCACCAGUGCCAGUCGAAGGAGAAUCUCCUGUAAGGACCUGGGCCACGGGGACUGUGAGGGUUGGUUGUGGAAAAAGAAAGAUGCCAAAGGCUACUUCACCCAGAAAUGGAGAAAAUACUGGUUUAUCCUCAAAGAAUCCUGCCUCUACUGGUACACCAACCAGAAUGAUGAGAAGGCUGAGGGCUUCAUCAGCCUCCCUGAGUUCAGAAUAGACCGAGCCAUAGAGUGCAGACGGAAAUUUGCCUUCAAAGCCUGUCAUCCCAAAAUCAAGAGCUUCUUCUUCGCCACAGAUUGUCUUGAGGAAAUGAACAGGUGGAUGAACCGAUUGGGGUUGGCUGCUAUUGGCUACACACCAGAUGACAAGGUGCCACGCCCUGAUGAAGACUACUGGAGUGAGAGUGAUCAGGAUGAGGUCGACGGUUCGAUGACACUCAAACAGGAGGGACCCUCAUCCCUUUGCGAUACUUAUCAUCGCACACCAUCAAUUAACCUUCUUCAUAGCUAUGACCAGUUACCCCGCUCUGUCAGCUCCAUGAGCCUCAUGCGCUCCACACCAUCCCCACUCCCUCCACCGAUGAGUGCCUCCACCUCCCCUAUCCCUCCACAGAUGGUCUCUUCCACCUCCCCUCUCCCUCUCCAGGUUAAUUCUUCUAGCCCCUUUCCGGAGCCUAAGCACGGCAGGCAUUUCUCCAGUGAGUCCACACACUCCCACUCCUCGGCCGAGGACCAGCGUGGAGACGGCAUGGGCAUGGGAACAGGCACAGGCAGUACCAGUACCCACUCAUCCGGCUGCCGCUCAUCCCAUCGUGAACGCCGGUCUUGGCAGGACCUCAUCGAGACCCCACUGACCAGCGCAGGGCUGCACUUCCUCCAGACGGCGCCCGGGGAGAGCGACUACGGCCUGAUGGGGACCAUGGCCGGAGACAUGGGCCUGUAUGGAGGCCUGGGCAGACAGGGCAUGUCCCCAGAGAGACGCAGACAAGCCACACUGCCCGUACGGAGACACCACGCCGCAGAGAGGGACCGGGACCGAGACGGGCCCUUCCCACUGGAGCGGGGCCCUCACACACACAGCCACACACAUCGACGGUCCCACAAACAACGCAGCCAGAGUCUGCCAAGGAACAGAGACCCCAUGCCAGGAAAGCUGUUACACACCUCGGCUCAUAUGGAGGAGAGAAGUGAGGAUGAGGAGGCGGAGGGCCAGGCCGCAGACAUGCUGGAGGCUGAGGAGGACCUGCGGGAGUUGAGAGUUGAGAGCAGAGAGCGGAGAGUGUCGGAGGGAAGGGAGCGGCGGGUUUCAGAAGGCCGGGAGCCGGAGUCACUGGACGGGUUAGAACAGCUGUACCGGGCCCUGGAGCAGGCCAACCUGACCGCCCUGGGAGACCCCCGACCCUGUAGCAGACAGGAGCUUCGGCGCUGUUUUACUCAGAGAGCCAGGGACCCCCUGCUCAACGACAGGCUGCACCGAGUCCGAGCCCUACGCAGCACCUUGAAGGCCAAAGAGUCGGAGCUGGCAGUGAUCUGUGCCCUCCUGGAGGACCCUGGCCUGUGCUCCCAGACCUUCAGAGAGUGGAAGCUGUGGCACAGCGAGCUCUACUCAGACAUCUGCCAGCUCAGCCCCGGCACCAACGGCCAGGACGAUCUAUCCCCGCUCGCCGCACCCCUCAUGACCCACACACACUCCUUCAUUGAGACACAUGUGUAAGAAAGAGAAGAGGAGCAAAAGACUGAAUCGCACAUGAACACAAACAGACGCAUAUUCACACACAAACACACACACAAACACUGACUUAACAUGAGCUAAACCCCUCCUGAUCACGACUCUGAGCACGCACUCAAACUCACACAAACACACACACACAGGAACACACAUUGUAAGAUGUGUAAAUAUCAUAGAGGGAACAGUCUGAGACCUGCGUGUAAGAACUUUUGAUAAUCCUGAGGACCCCACAGGGUGCCUAUUGCAUGCCUGAACAGAAAGCAUUAAUCUUCCUUUGUCUAUGGAACUCAGCAUAAACUCCACACGCUUGUCGAGCAAAAUGGAAAAAAGGAGACUUUUUAACAUGUCCGUUCCUUUAUAUUCUCUUAGUUUUGCUAUUUUAUGAUUGAUUUUAGGGGGGGUAGGGGGAGCUAUGUAGCAGCAAUACAGAGGAGAAUCCUUUUCACCACAGCACUGUACUUUUGUACUGAUGAACUUUGCACCCAGAGCCACCAGUUCUCCCCCUUUCUCUCUCUAUCCUUGUUUUUGUUUUUUGGUUUUUUUUUUGUCUCACUGCAUAUCUCAUUGAUUUACAGGGACCUCACUGUUAUUCCAGGCUGAUUUGACAGGACAGGGCAGUGCGGGAAAGAGUCAGGCUAGCGGUGACUUUGUCCCAAAUCCUGUUAAGACUGUGAAAGGUAGCUAACAAUGCUUGGCUUAUCUGUUUUAGCCGCUCCUCGCAGAGGGAAGCAAAAUGCCACAAGCACUGAGAAACCAUAUUGUGCUGGAUUGAUGCACACUACUUCAAACUGUGAACUGUUCAAAAACUACAAUUUUACCUGUAGAAGGAGGCUCCUCUGAUAGAAUGCAAUUACUACGAUUCACUUUGCAUUCUCUCUCCCUCUCUUACUUUUCCUUUUUGUGUUUCUCUCCAUUAUCUUGUUCUUUUCCCUCAUUUUUGUUUCCUUCCUUUCUGACCUCUUCUCUCUCGUCAAAGACUUGUGUAUAUGUGUAUACUGAUGUAAAUGUUUGCGUUCCACUACCACUGUGAUAUGCUUCUAGAGGUAGCGGAGGGAAGACCGAGAGUAUGUAUUUGCGUGGGUGCAAAACAACUUUUUUUUUUUUUUUUUCCAUUUUUCUUAAGCAGCGAAUGCAAGAGCUAGAGAGUUUUUUUGUUUGUUUGUUUUUAUUCAAAGGAGUCACUCACUACAAAGAAUGCACUUUCUAUAUGUCUAUAUCUCAUUGGCUGCAUCACAGGGUCUAUGUCUCAUCGGCCUCUUUACCAUUGCUGUUCAAAAUAUCAGGUAAAAGCAUUUGCCAUCUCAUUUUCUAAAGAUUUGUGUACAGUCUACAAAUAUAUUUAAACAUAGAAGAAUAUAUAAAUCUAUUUACGUUUUGUGUCAUAGAUAUAAUGUAAAGUAUGAUGUAUUCUAUGCCAAGGUUUUGCAGUGUCCCCCUCUUCACUCUGUAGAUGCAGGGUGUUAGCGGUUGAACAACUAGGAAGCAAACGACACCCGCUAUCAACUCGACCUGACAGUUUUGACUGGUUUACAUCACGGCUGACCCUUACGACGUUCUCCUGGUGAUAUGUUGCAUGAGAAUAAGGCCGGGGACUGAUUUGACUGGACAGGGUAAUAUUGUGGAUCAUUUGUAUUAAUUUUCUUAAUCUUCCUCUCAUGAUUGCAAGAUAAUUAGACUUGUAGCGCAUGAUACAUGCAAAAGUACUGUUGGAGAGUUUUAUUUAAAUGUUCAUAGAUUAAAGUAUUCUUUUUUGUCAUUCAAUAGUGUUUGAAGACACACACUGUACAUUAAACCGAGGGAGGCAUUUUUGCUGCCCAGUAUAUCUAAUGCAGAUCCUCCUUUAGCAUUCUACCAGGAGGAGGUUUCAAUUUGAUGUUUUGGUUUACAUUGAGAGGCAGGCAUGUGUCCAAAGGCGGCAGGUUUGUCUCGACAACAAAGAGAAAACAGUCCUCUGAAAAUGAAAGCUAUUUCCACAUUCCCUCCAAGCAUAUGGUUGAUACUGGGGGAGGACGGGAAGGAGGGAGGGAGGAAGAGAAGGGGUCAUAGACCUCUGCUCUUAAUGGUCUCUAAUGUCUGUGAAACUCAGAUGAAUCAUUUCAUCCGCAAUAUCAGGCCAAGGACUCAACAGUGCCCCCCAGUGUCGAAGACUCUGAGAGACAUGUGUAGCACCCGCUGCAUCCAGCACUAUCUGUAUUAGCCUUCAUACUUUAGUGUAGUUCUCUACGUGUAGGUUCAGGUUUUUUCAUCAUAUCACUGUCGUGAACUCAAACACACCUCAGAGAUAUAGUCCAUGUUUUUUGAAUGGUUGAUUUGAGAGUACCACAACGAAACUAAAUGAUGCAAGCACUUUCCCUGUGCCUCCCAAACCCUCUCUUUGGCAACGACAGACUGACUAUUACUGGUGUUUCUACACACACACAGCUGUUAAAGAGUUACAAUACAGUUUCAGUCUGCAGACCUCUCUCUCUCUGUUUCUCAUCUGUAGUGUUGGUCUUCUUUUUCCAUAUACUGUAGAUUAAAGAGUGUGAGUUUUGAUUUGUAGGCACAGACUGUGUUAUCCCUCCCAGAUCUCUGUGUGUGUAGACCUGCAGAAACAGGCCGAAAAGGGAGAUUCCACUGUGUGUUCUUUCAGGGGUGUACACCUCAUGGUACAUUGCACAGGUGUGUAAGAUGUAAGUUGCACUGCGACAUUAAAAAAGGAACAUAUUGCUCUUUUUCAAGGAUAAUAUUAGCUUACUGUUAUUCUGUACAUUAAACUGACUAAAGAUGAUAUUAAAAAAGAAAGAAAAUGACAUUUAUUCUUCCUAAAGUAGCCUUUUUUGGUUUCAUAUAUAUGAAUAUAUAUUACAAAAAAUACAGAUUGUAAACUUAAGUUGUUAAACUUUGACUUCAAUAAACUGAAUCCUCUGCACUAUGA